AUGAAGAUGUCGUUCGAGUCCGAGCUCGGCGCGCAGCCCCCCCUCGGCUUCUUUGACCCCCUCGGCCUCCUCAUCGACCAGGUGGUACCGCAAUUGCCACCUUCUUGCCAGUCUUCGCUCUUGGUUAUCUGUGCCGACGGACUAGAGCCUUGGGAGGACCAGGAGCGGUUCGACCGCCUCCGGUACGUGGAGGUGAAGCACGGCCGCAUUUCAAUGCUCGCGGUGGCCGGCCACCUGGUGGCGCAGAACUACAGAUUCCCGGGGUACCUGUCGUACGAUGCGAAGCUCACCUUCGCAGACAUGCCGAACGGCGUGGCUGCUAUCUCCAAGAUCCCGCCGCUUGGGCUUGCCCAGAUCGUCGCCUUCAUCGGCUUCCUGGAGCUAAACGUGAUGAAGAACGUUGAGGGCUCCUUCCCCGGUGACAUGACCAUCGGCGGCAACCCGUUCGCGGCUCAGUGGGACGCCAUGUCGGAGGAGACCAAGCUCUCCAAGCGCGCGAUCGAGCUCAACAACGGCCGCGCCGCACAGAUGGGCAUCCUCGCCAUGAUGAUCCACGAGGAGAUCUCGAACCAGCCCUACAUCAUCAACGAUCUGCUCAACGCGCCCUACACCUUCAACUAGACUCUGUCGGACCUUACGUCGUGUUUUGUUAGCACUCACUCCUUUCUUGCUAUGUGAGACCUUUUGUAGAACUUGUUUUACGGGGCGCGGGAUUUAAGUCGCAAGGUUGUGUCGACAGUGAGUUGCUGGUCGCGCUAUCGGACAGCCAGGGUACCCGCCAUGCUACGUUGUUGGCAUUAACGCGAACUCGUCCGCAUUGUGGCUUUCUAAUGUUGGGGUGACGAAGCAAGCAGCAUCUCGAUACUGGCUUGCUGAAGAUUGAAAGCUUCGUUAUUGGCGUGGAGUGUGGUUUAGGCUGAAGUGAAAUCGAGUUCACCUGUUCCUAUGUUUCCGCACAACAGGGUGCAAGGAGAAUGAACGUCUUCCCUAAGUGGUGGCACAAUUUGCCGUGUUGUUUGUCGCCAUGUGGUUUUGUCUUUUAAGCCUGAACACAUUUUUUUGAACUUAACCACGCAUGGACUGCGUUAUGGUUGAGGAUGUUGUGUUACCUGUGCCUCAAUCGGCUCUGCUCCCAUCGUUGCAAGCGUAAACGUGUGUUGUCGCACGUUUUAAACCAUGUGCGCUCUCACCGAACAGAGGCCAAUGUUGCUAGACCCUGGCGUUGAUUCUCGGCAUGCACCAGAAGCGUGGGUCAUGUUGCGUUACACGCAUGAUGACAUAGCCGCCGAUUUUGUAUUUCUUGGAAUUUUCAAUUUUGUAUAAGCGCCAGAGAACCUCCCUGGAAGUCCUUCAUCGUCGCAAAGCGCUACAAUAUCAAACGUCUUCUAGAAGGGUGUCUCGAUCAUCGGCAUCUAGUCCCCAUCGGCUAAACGGCGUUUCAACAAGCACGUUCU